GCAGGCUCCACACUGGCAACAGCAAGUCCAAUGUGGGGCUCAUGAUCUGAGCCGAAGUCUGACGGUCAACUGACUGAGGCACCCAGGUGCCCCUGGAGUUGGACGCUUUUAAAAUCCAUUUACAACUAUUUUUCAAGCCCCGGUGAUAUGCCAGAUAGUGAUCUAAAGCAGCUGGGGGGACAGCAGUGAACAAGGCAAACACUAUGCUCCAUGGGCUCCUUCUCUAGUUGGAAAAGCAGACCAUGCACAGGCAACACAGAAUGUGAACAGGUGAGGGGAGCAAGCCACAAAACCAGGAGAAAAUGGUCCUAAAUGCCCUAGGACAAGGGAUGGGGGACGGGGUGGAGCAGUGGUCCAGGAAGCAGAUCAGUGGGCGAGUGUCAGGUCCCCGUGGGCCUUGCUAGUCACUUCAGGGACUCUAGAUUUUACCUGGUGAACAGUGGAAAGCCACGGAGGCUUUUGAGUCUGUGGAUCUUUUCUGAGCCCCCACUUUGAAGGUAUCAUAUGCAGUAUAUCUUGGCUGAGGAUUCAAGUCCUGUGCUAGGAUUGUCAGCGCUAAGAGUCUAGGAAGAAGCCAACUGGGGUCUUUAAUUCUUCUGGCCACAAGCCCGAGAAGUUUUAAGAGAUGGCUCCAAGCAGGACAAACUCUUGUUAGCCCUGAAUCUAGAGCCCGGGGCUGUGUCUGGGCAGCCCCGAGACUUCCCCAGGACUGACUUUGAUUAUGUGUGAAAGUGUCAUCAGUGUAUCCUACCGAGGAAAAGGAGGAGUAAAAUAGGGGCUCCUUCCCACCAGGCUGCACCAUCUAGAGCUGUGUUGUCCAGUAUGGUAGUGGCUCUUGAGCAUCUGAAAUGUUGCCAGUGUAAAAUAUAUAUUUUUGAAGACUUAGUCAAAGAAAAGAAUGCAAAAUGCCUAGUUAAUACUUUUUAUUAUGAGGACAUGUUAUAAUGAUAUUUUUGAAAUAGUGUGUUAAGUAAAUUACUAUUUUUUUAAUGUUUAUUUAUUUUUUGAGAGAGAGAGAGAGAGAGAGAGAGACCGAGCACAAGAGGGGGAAGGGCAGAAAGAGAGGGAGACACAGAAUCCAAAGCAGGUUCCAGACUCUGAGCUGUCAUCAGAGCCUGACGUGGGGCUCAAACUCAGGAGCAGCGAGAUCAUCACCUGAGCCCAAGUCGGACACUCAACCUACUGAGCCACCCAGGCACCCCUAAAUAUAUUAUUAUAAUUUCCCAUUUUAAACUCUUUAUAACGUAGUUGGUAGAAAAUAUAGAAUUGCCUGUACGGCUCCAAUAUGGUGUGAUACCCAGCGUACAAUGGCGGCGGGGAGAACAGUAGAGGAAUCUUGUGGUUAAAUUCCCAUUUGGGCAAGGAGAGAAUGAGACAUCAGUUGCCAGUCUCUAGAAUAUUUUAUAACCCACCAGGCAAGUUCUCCCCAUGCUGUCAGUGGGAUGAGAACUUUGGCCAGCCAGUGGCUUACCCUGCUUCUGCUCUCUGCGAGGAUCUUCCGUUUCUGCCGUCUUCCAGAGCCAUCUCAAAGAGCAGGCCUCCCCCUAUUCCUCAACCCACCUAUUGUCAUCAGGAAUCUAGGGAUUGCCUUAGGGUUUGAGCAAUCAUAAUAUGUUUUUUUGUUUUUAAAUUUAUUUAUUUAUUUUGAGAGAGAGAGAAAGUGAGAGCAGGGGAGGGGUGGAGAGAGGGAGAAUCUCAAGCAGGCUCCUCCCUGCUCAAACUCAUGAAACUGUGAGAUCAUGACCUGUGCUGAAAUCAAGAGUUGGUUGCUCAGCUGACUGAGCCACCCAGGUACCCCAAUCAUAAUCUGUUUUUAACUAGUUUUGGACUUUAUCCUCUAGUGUAGUGCCCUUAAAAAUUUGGUAGGUGUCUCCAAUCCCUGAACUCCAUGUAACCAAAACUCAAGAUUGUGUUGAGUCAUAGUCUUUGUUUUCAUUUUUGUUUUUAGUAUUUAUUUACUUAUUUAUUUUGAGAGAGAGAAAAUGCUCACAUGUGCAUACACAAGCUAGGGAAGGGCACAGAGAAGGAGAGAGAGAAUCCCCAGCAGGCUCAGCACGGAGCCCAACCCAGGGCUCGAUUUCACAACCAGGAGAUCAUGACCUGAGCUGGAAUCAAGAGUGGGACACUUAACUAACUAAGCCACCCAGGGGCCACAAGUCAUAGUCUUUAAAUGUGGGACCAAGUCUGGGCACUUCUGUCUCCCACCAAAUGAACCAUCCUCCACUCUCCAACUUUGUGGCCUCAAUCUUAGUCUCUGAUUAGGUACAAUUUGAAACAAUGGCCUGAGCUGGUAGAACCAUUCAUAAUUUACUCCUCGCUCUUGAAAUGGAUCCCAGUGUAUCACAAAGAAAGUAACUGGCCAUAUGUUCAGAUGAGAGGACCUAACAGAAUGUCUUUGGAGGGACACUGGGGUAUCGGGCUUCUGUGUUCCAGAUGUAUUUCUUGAUAGGGUUCUUACCUUUCGACCCUACUUUAUCCAAUGUUAGCAUAGCAUAGACAUUUUGAGUUUUCCAAACCACAAGGUUCCAGAUUAUUUGACCCUCAACCAUCUUCGUUACAGAUCACAGGCAAAAAAAAGGCCUCUAACAGAGAGUUGUAUUUUUUGCCUCUCUGUGCCUUCAGUAAGCUUCAGCCUAAAUUAUCUCUCUUCUGUGGUUCUUACUGAAGACUGCAAGAAACAGCCCACACAUGCCAACAUUCCACAUGUUUCCUCCAGAUCCUCUAGUGGUGCACCAUCAGUAGGCUCAUGGACGUAUUAGGCCAAGGAUUCAACAGGUGGCAGUGGUGGUGUUUGCCAUCACAUAACAAGGACGCCAACUAGCCCAGGAGAGCCUGCACUAGCCUGCACCUGACCUUAAAUCGGUACCCGCGCAUUUUAGGGUUAGCCACAUGCAACACUCGCUUCUAGUACCGAUUUCCACAUCCCAAGAGUGUUUGUAUUGCCAGUGAUAGAAAACCUGACUGUCCUAUCUCAAACAAAAUAGAGAAUUUGUUUGUUAGUAUAAAAUAAAAGCCCAGAAACAGGGCUAACCUGUGGUACAGAUGUAUUCAACCAACAGGAUCAGUAGCUGAUUUUCCCCCACCCCCAGUUCCCCACUCGUUGGUUUCACUUUCAGACCUCAUGUCGUCAAAGGAUGAGUGUGGCUGUUCCAGCCCCCGUAUCCUCACAGAUCCAACUCCAGCCCAUCCAGCCGAAAUGGCCUCGCCUCAGACCACAAGCUCCCUUGGUUUUAAUGAGUUCACUGGUCGUCACUAAAAAAGCAUGUGGGGCCAACUGAAUGCAAGGCUCUGAUUAGCUGACCCUGAAUCACAUGCUCUUCCUGUCUCUGCAGUGGGAGCACACGCCUCAGACCCACAGCUCUGAGAGUGAGGGAGAGAGGGGUCUCCAAACAAAAAUUGAAGGGCAUCAGUAUAAGUAGGAUGAGUGAAUGCCAAACUGCCAAAACGUAUGGAAAUAUAUUGCAAAUUUGCCCCCAGUAAGAUUACACUAAUUUAUAUUGAUAGGGUGUAGAAUGGUACAAAACUUGUUUUUAAUUUCCCUGUAUUUCUGAGAUUAUUUUUACAUGAUCAGACCUCUGGGGUGCCUGAGUGGCUCAGGUGGUUAAGCGUCCGAUUCUUGAUUUUGGCUCAGGCCAUGAUCUCACAGUUCAUGGGUUUGAGCCCCGCAUCAGGCUCUGCGCUGACAGCAUGGAGCCUGCUUGGGAUUCUCUCUCCCUCUUUCUCUGCCCCUCCCCAUUCACACACACUCUCUUUUUCAAAAUAAAUAAAUAAACUUAAAAAAAUAAAUUUGAUCAAACCUGUGUAACUGUACUCAUUAUUUUGGGGGAAGAGGCAAAUUUCUUUGUUUCUGCUGUUUUAAAUCAUGUAAUUCUCAUAUUUUAACAUUUUGAAAGUAGAUUUCCUCACACAAUAAAUGCGCACGUUUAAUCUGGCAUGGUUUCUCUUUCCCCCUAACAAGCUAUAAGGGAGGGCAUGUUGCUAUUGAGGAAGGUGUUUGAGAAUUGAGGAACCAGUAUUCUAAAACAUCUUUCUACUAUCAGGGCAAAAACUAUACUAUAACAGGUAGUCAUGGAAACACGACUUGGAAAACCAGAAUUAUAAGCAAACAAGGCUUCUCAUGUCUUAUACAUGUUGCUGUUCCCCUGAUUCAAUCUGUGUUGAUUUGGGGUUGCCACGGGAGGGUCGUGGGCUGUGGUCCUUUACUGCUUUUCCCAGACUGGUAAAAACUGUGCUGUUGUUUUAUAAUCUUCUGUCUGUUUGUGGUGGUGUUUUUUUUUUUUUUCCUGUACAUUAAUAUGGAGGAUUCUUUACCUGAUUGGUUCAAGAGCUUAUUGAUUUUGUUUUACUCUACCGUUAAGCUCAGUUGGUCUGUGUUUUGAAUGGGGGUGAAAUACACAUUUAAAAUUCUCAGGGCGCCUGGGUGGCUGGGUUGGUUCAGUGUCCCACUUCAGCUCAGGUCAUGAUCCCGUGGUUCGUGAGUUCGAGCCCUGCAUGGGGCUGUGUGCUGACAGCACGCAGAUUCUGUCUCGUCUCUCUGCCCCUCCUCUGCUCACGCUCUAUCUCUUUCUCUCUCAAAUAUAAAACAAAACAUAAAAAAAAAAAAAAUUUUUUUUAAUUCUCUUUGAAGUCCAGAACUAUGAUUGUCUUUCUUUGCUGUGGAUUUUUAAUCCAUUUACCUUUGGCCUUGGAUUAUAAUAAUGGCCCCGACAGCAACACAAAUCAUACCCUCCCUCACCUUCUUCCCUCCAUACCACAGCCUUCUCCCUACAACUUUUCUUUCUGCUGUCUCCUUAUGCUUAUAGAAAGGAAGUAAGUGAAAUCCUCCUUCAGAACCUAAAAUGAAGCUUACGGUGGUAAUGACACUGGACUGCAGAGCAGGAGACCAGGCUGUGGCUCCUGCUCUGCUGCUGCCAGCUGUGUGAUACGAGCAGGUCGCUUAGCCUCCCUGGACCCCCAUUUCCUCAUCUGUAAGUGACAGUGAGAACUUCGAUCUCUGCAGUCUCAUGCGGUCUUAAAUUUCCUUCUUUCAAGAAGCUGAUACCCAUCUGAGACCGCUCACUGAGGAGGAAGGGCAGGAAGCACCUUCACAUCCCACACUUGUGUGUCAUCAUUGCAGUGUGGCCUUCAAGUCUCCUGUAGCCCUCGAUGCAGCUGGAACUCUCCCCAGUCCACCACACAACCUCUCCCUGAUCUUUUCUGGCCUCAUUUCCUUUAUCUUAUUUCUUCCUCUCCCUUUCUGAUCGGAUUGUUUACUUUUGACUUUUUAAGCCCAUUUUUCUCUCCCUACUGCCCAAUUACAUAAGCUACCUGCACUGCAUCCACUGGUGGGCUAACAGGCUUUGCUGAAGAUCUGUGGCAUCCUUCCUCUGGAAAAGUUCCCGUUACAUGUCCUUUUUUUUUUUUUUUUUUUUUUUUUUUUGAGACAGAGAGAAAGAGACAGCGCAUGAGCACAUGCGUGGGCAUGCCUGUGUGCACAAGCAGGGGAGGGGCAGAGGGAGAAAGAAAAAGAAUCGCAAGCAGGCUCCACGCCCAACGUGGAGACCAACACAGGGCUCAGUCCUACUACCCUGGGAUCAUGACCUGAGCCGAAGUCAAAAGCUGGACACUCAACCGACCAAGCCACCCUAGAAAGUUCCCUUUUAACUUGAACUUUCCCAAGAAGAGGGUGCAAGUCUCGUCUUGGCAUUUCUCACUCACUAUUUGAGAGGAAACAAUCUGAAGCUCUUAAGGGAAUGUUAUAUUAUGGAAGAAUUUUUAGGAGAUAUUGAUUUUUUUUUCACUCAACACAUUUACUGAGCACCUACCAAGUGUCAGAGGCUAUUGUAGAUGCUGAGGUGACCAUAGGAAAGAAGGUCCCCGUCCUCAUGGAGUUUGAAUUCUAGUGGGGACGCACAAGUACAUAAACCAUUAAAUAAAAGAAUGUCAAGUGGGGACAUGUGCUGUGCAUAAAAGAAAAUAGGCACAGAGAUGGGGCAUGAGGAGGAGGAUUUUUGCUGACAACUGAAGAAUGAGAAGGAACCAGGAGAUGAGUGUAGGAGGGGGGAGAGGAGGGCUUACAAGUGUAAGGCCCCAAGAUGCAAAUGAGCUUAAUGUGUUUAAGGAACAGAAAGAACUGGAAGGUAAAUUAGCAAGAAGGGCUGUUACUUGAGAGGAGGUCAGAGGGCUAGGGCAGGGCCAGAUAUUGUGGGGUUUUAUGGGCCCAGGGAAAGAAUCUGGACUUUCUAGGUGAAAUGGGAAACCACUGCAGGAUUUUAAGCAGGGGAGGAACAUUAUCUGAUUUAUGUCCUAGGGUACCUAAUAGAUACCUCAUAAAUGUGUCCAAAGUUGACUGUAUUUAUAAGCUUUCAUUAAAGAUGAAAACAGACCUGAAAUCUAGACACCUACUCCCUUGUGCGUCUUGGGGGCUGAAGCCUUCUAAGUGAUUCUCCCUAACAACUGAACCAUCCCUGACGGAUGGGAAUGGACGGGACUGCCUGUGUACUGAGCAGUUGUGGGUGUAUCUGUGUGCGUGUGUGUAUUUGCGAUGCCUUACUUAGAGACCUUCAAAAUAAUUCUGAAAAUACAGAGAGAAAUCAUCACAAUCCCCAUGUUCCCUUUUUAGACCUACUUAGACUAUACUUAGACCUCCCUAAGGUUCACUCAAGCAUUUACUUGGUAGCUGACCACGUUUCCUAUUUUCCUGAGGUUAGUGGAGAGGGAAGGAGAUGCCAGCAGCAGGCCUCCACCUCUGUCUGGUGCCCCAUACCUGCAUGUAUUUAUUCCCAUACUGCAUGUCCCUGGACUCUAGAUCCUAUAUUAGGCAAGACCGAUGCACUCCUGCCUUUAGAUGACUCCAGGCAAAGAGGAGGACUCUCCAUUACUAACCCUUGAGUGCUCUACUUCCAGGAAUUUUGCCACGGCCCAGUGUCAUAAAACUCUACUCAUACAGCUAGAUUCAUAUCACAAAGAAUUUAGAGUCUGAAAGAGCCUUAGACAUCAACUAUCCCAGUACUCCUCAGUAGGAGCACUGUCAGUAUCUUGGGUAAGACCAUCCAAAGCAUCAUAGGAAAUUCCACAUUCUGGGCUCUACCCAAGAAUCCCACAGGGCUCCCCAUUCCAACCCACUGCUUCUCACCCCCGACUAAAAAUGAAUCCACACAUUUCCACCCGCCUCCUGAAUUGAGAACCACUGGUCUACCCAGUCCUGUCAUUUUACAGGGAAGGGAAUAUUAGGCAACUUGUGGUCUUUUCAUGCCUUUUCCUUCUGAACCCAGCAGAAUCAGGAUCCAAAGUUCUAAUUUUACAAUGAAGUUAGUUUCUGAAAUAUGCCUCUGUUUUUCAUUCUUUCUACAGAUAUGUUUUUGUUUUCAAAGUUUUUCUUCUCAGAGUUACAUGCUAUGUGUUGCAAAUAUAAGUCUGAACCUUCCAGAUGGAUCAAGCAAGAAUUAUGAGCAUUUUCAGAUUAUUUAUACAUAACUCAAGAUUUUGGCAUAGUAUUUUCUACAUGCGGCCCGUUGCCUAUCCGCUUCUUAGAGACCUUUAAUAACGAGAAAUCUGCCUUUCCUCAUUCUGCACUCAUUAUCUCUGCUUUCGUCAAGCAUCUUCCGGGAGAGUUAUUGUUAUCCCAUUAAGUAUGAAGGGCAGAAACAAAACAUUUUUGAACAGAAAGCUCUGGAUCUUCAUAUGACUUGAGCUGAGUAUCAUUUAUCCUGUCUUGGGCACCAGAAUCACAUUUUAGAACUCAUUUGCCUUCAUACACCUGACCAGCUCUCUUCACCUGCAUCUCUGACUUUCUCUCUACACACUUGAAUGCUCUGUAGAUGAGGAAGAAUCACUUACCCUAAUCAUUGGUGUAGCUGAGAGCUUCUAGUGCUUGGGUGACUCUUUUCCUUAAUACCAAAUGGUACAGUCAAUGAGAGUAAUACCGAACGAUAUAGUCCUUGAGAGUAAUACUUUCAAGCGGCAUUUUCCUGAAGGAAUCUCAGGCUCUGUGAACAAUUAUAAUUGUGCAGGUGUCCAGAAUAACAUUGGCCUGCCAACUGGAUGGACAUCCUGAUCUCUUGUGACUGUACCAAACAGACUUGUUAUACCUUGUGGAAAGAGAAACAUUUAAUUUUUUAAUUUAGGGUUGUUGUUUUUUUUUCCUUGCUUGCUUCUUAAGUAAAACCAAUCUAGUUUCUUUUUCUGAAGCAAAGGAGGAAGGAACAAACAACAAAUUAAUCAGACAGGAAGCGAAUAACCACAGAAAGACGUCUGCCUCUGACUCAGUAUGUCACAUUUAACAAGAGGCCAGAACUUGUCCAAAAUGGCUGUUUAAAAACGACCCCACACUUGCGUAAGAAGAUGAUGCCUUUUUCAGGGACCGUUUUCUCUCUGGGCUCACAUCUUGCUUGUCUGUCUACCUGUGUCCCCGAUCAUGCCUUCCUACGGUAUCCUCUAACGGUUGUACACAUCGGAGACCAUCUUGCAACACUGGGUUAGCAUCACCUUCUUGCAUAUUGUUACUACAAAGUUUUGACAGGCAUCAGAUUCAUCGGCAAGGCUGUUGAAAGUGUAACUGUCCGAGAUGCCCGUCCCUCCCCCUCCGGCGCCCCCACCCCCACCGACGUUUGCUCUGGCCAAUACAGAAAAGCCUACCUUGAAUAAGUCCGAACAGGCUGGGAGAAAUGCCCUUCUGUCUGACAUCAGCAAAGGGAAGAAACUGAAGAAGACUGUCACCAAUGACAGAAGUGCACCGAUAUUGGACAAGCCCAAAGGCGCUGGUGCUGGUGGCAGUGGUGGCUUUGGUGGUGGCGGAGGUGGCGGUGGCGGUGGCAGUUUCGGAGGGGGUGGACCGCCUGGUUUGGGAGGACUGUUCCAGGCUGGGAUGCCGAAGCUGAGAUCCACAGCCAACAGGGAGAGUGAUUCUGGAGGAAGCCGACUCCCAGUUUUGCCACCGGGAGGAAGAUCCACAUCUGCCAAACCUUUCUCACCCCCAAGUGGCCCAGGGAGAUUUCCUGUGCCUUCCCCAGGCCACAGAAGUGGUCCCCCAGAGCCUCAGAGGAACCGAAUGCCUCCCCCAAGGCCCGACGUGGGCGCAAAGCCUGAAAGCAUUCCCCCUCCAGUACCUAAUACGCCAAGACCCAUUCAAUCAAGUCUGCACAACCGAGGGUCCCCACCAGUGCCUGGGGCCCCCAGGCAGCCCAGCCCUGGGCCAACUCCUCCCCCUUUCCCUGGAAACCGAGGUGCUGCUUUUGGAGGAGGCUCCAUACGCCAGACACCCUCAGGCUCCUCCUCACCCUUCUCCAACAGGCCUCCCCUGCCCCCUACCCCCAGCAGGGCCUUGGAUGACAAACCCCCUCCUCCGCCUCCUCCAGUGGGCAACAGGCCCUCCGUCCAUAGGGAGGCAGUCCCACCCCCUCCCCCUCAGAACAGCAAGCCCCCAGUGCCUUCUACCCCGAGGCCUUCCUCCUCCUCACAGGCCCCACCGCCACCGCCGCCACCAAGCAGACCCGGCCCUCCUCCCCUGCCUCCGGGUUCCAGUGGCAGUGAUGAAACCCCAAGACUCCCACAGCGGAAUCUGUCCCUUACUUCUUCGUCUGCACCCCCCUUACCUUCACCAGGACGUUCGGGCCCUCUUCCUCCCCCGCCCAAUGAGAGACCCCCUCCUCCAGUGAGGGACCCACCAGGCAGAUCAGGCCCUCUCCCACCACCCCCUCCAAUAAGCAGAAAUGGCAGCACAUCUCGGGCCCUGCCUGCCACCCCCCAGUUGCCGUCCAGGAGUGGAGUAGAUAGUGCCAGGAGUGGACCUAGGCCUCCUCUUCCUCCCGACAGGCCUGGUGCUGGGGCACCUCCCCCUCCUCCACCAUCAACAUCAAUUAGAAAUGGCUUCCAAGACUCUUCAGGUGAAGAUGAGUGGGAAAGCAGAUUCUACUUCCAUCCGAUUUCUGAUUUGCCACCUCCAGAGCCAUAUGUACCAACGGCCAAAAGUUAUCCCAGUAAACUGGCAAGAAAUGAAACCCGGAGUGGAUCCAACCGAAGAGAAAGGGGUGCCCCUCCACUCCCUCCCAUCCCGAGGUGAUCUUUACCUGCUCUUCUCCAUCUGAGCCCAAGAGCUACUUCUGUUGUUACUAUCCAAGGGCUGCAAACCCUCCUCCCCUUGUCUUCCCUUGGCCCCUUCAUACUGGCAAUAGGGAGGAAGGUAGGGUAACAUGGGAAUGUGUGGGGGGGGGGGGGGGGGGGGGGGGGGGGAAUGCAGGAAAGAAUGCACCUGGCUUUUUAUGUUGUGUAUAUUCUCAAAGCUAUUGCUUGCUUCAGGUACAGCCCGCCAGCGUUGGUUGCUUAGGGGUCAGUAGGCUUUUGUGGCAAGGUGGCAGAGAUGAAUUGUGUCCUAGCUCUCAACCAACCAAAUUCAAACAUUCACUGCUUAUUUGCUACAGACUGUAAUAUUAAAGUCCCUGAGAGCUAUUUGCUUCCAUGCCCUUUUUGCAUGCUUGGCUUUCUGUCCGAUUGCAUGCACCACAGACCAUGGAAGCAAGUUGCUGCAUCAGGGCUCACGUAACAUUUUUCAGUUACAGGAUGUCCAAUCUUUGGCAGUCUGAGAUAAGCUCUAGGAUAGAGCUUUCCAACGGAAAUACAAUGUGAGCCACCUAAGCAGUUUUUUAAUUUCUAGUAGCUACAUUAAAAAAGGACAAGGGGAAAUUAAUUUUAAUAUAUUUUAUUUAACCUGAAUACCCAAAAUAUUAUCAUUUCAACCUGCAACUGGUAUAACAACUAUUAAGGAGAUAUUUCACAUUGUGUUUUGGUACUAAGUCUUCAAAAUGCAGCUAUAUUUUACAUUGAGAGUACAUCUCCUUUCCGACUAGUCACAUCCCAGGUGCUCAGCCACAUGUGGCUGGCGGCUACCAUAUUGGACAGCACAGGCCCAGAAGACAGAGGAUGGUACAAAACCUCUUAUUUCAAAAACAGACAAACAAAGAAAAUGCAAGAUGAGCUUUAGCCAUUCAAAAAGUAACUAAAAAUGAGGUUAGGACCUAACUCCUUGUUUGGCAGACAGCUUGAUCUUAGAUUUUGCUCCCUUAUUCCCCCUCUUGCCUUAACAUCUGUUGCUUCACAAUACCAAGGUCAGAAAUUGAUCUCACAGGGUGUACAGUCACGUGGAAUAAAGCCAUGGGAAAGAAACCAAAAGCCAGCUGGGGCUUUGGGGCUCAGAGCCAGCUGCCUUGAGCUCACCUAUCAGUUGGAUUCCUGCCUUGCACUUCAUUUCCUCCUCUGUCUAGCUUGCACAUCAGGGCAGGGAGGCUCGUAGGCUCCACAGUUGUGCGAGAAAGUUAGGAAAAGGUGGCAAAUUGGAAAUGUGGAGGAAGGAAGCAGGUUUGGGUUGAUGGGCAAAACUCUAAUCUAAAUCUGAUGUUGAUGGGGUUGAGAGACAUUGCUACUACAAAUCCAAGAGAAUUUGUCUUGACUCUGCCGGGGGAAUAACUUGCCUUGGAUCUAUACAAAUACAGCUCCAUGGGAAGGACCAUAGGGACGAGCCAGCCUUGCCCUUUUUUUGUAUGAUUUUUGUUUACAAAACUUUACUGGGACUUUUAAAUCUAGCUAUAUAGAUUUGGGGAGGGGGGGGAGUAUUUCCAUUUAGAUGUUUUAUAUGGUUAUGUUUAAAAUUACCAUUACUUAUUUUUUAAAAGCACGUGGCCACAUAUAUAUAUAUAUAUAUAUAUAUAUAUGUAUACCUAAACUUUGUAUCCUGGUUUCAGUGUAUUCAUGUAUUCCUGGGAGAUGCUAACGAGAAAUCAAUCCAAAGAAAAAUUUGAAAGACACAUUCCUAUUUAUAGAAUAAAUAAUUGUUUCAUUUAUAUAAAAGCAAAAGAACUUAGAGUUCUAAUAAAUGGGAUAUCUAAUAAAUUAUGAAGUUGCCCAUUUGAAUAUAUUGUAUUUUUGUAACUUUCCUUGCCAAAGUCUUGGGCUUAGAACAUUAGAGAACUUGGUUUUUCUAACUCUCCUCUACCAUUCAUCUGUCUGUCAUACAGUCAUUUGGGGCCCUUUACCCAAAGAGAACUAAGAAAUAUAAAAGUGUAACAAACGUGCAAAGUAUUUUCGAAAAAACAUUUUUUUUAGGUAAUAGCAUCAUUUUAUUUUGGAUUCUUUGAUCAGAUAUCAGUAGUUGAUACAAAUCCUUAUGAUAAAACCUUAUGACCCACUUUAGAAAAGGCGGAAUCUGGCCUUAAUAGCAAAUAUGGCAUAGAAAAGUCUGAUCCAAAGGAUUUUGGAUCUGAAUUUUAUAAGGGGCAGUAAGAAUAGCCAAUUUCCUUGUAUAUCCCAACCUCAUAGUGCCCUCCUAACGUCUGAAACAGAGCCACAGUACAGAGUUGCUCUUCAUCCAGGACAGAGAAGUUUUAGCAGGUCUUUUUUUAAGUAAAUGUUUCAUUAAUACACCUACACCCUUUCUUUGAAAGUUGGCGACCUAAUUGCAGCCCAAACUGAAUAAUUUCUAUGCUAAAAUCUUCAACUAUGGCAAAUCACAAAAAUGAAUAUUUUCUUCCCUGAAAUCAGGGCUCACAUUUGGUUUUUUUCCACAAUAUUUGCAGAUAAAUGUAUUCAAGAUGCAAUACAGUAUUUUAAUAUUCACAUAUCAUUUUAUAUUGAAAUGUAUUACAGUAUUAAAAUUCAGUGUUCCAUAUUUAUUUCACUAUGCAUUUUAUUUAGUAGAAGCCGAGAGAAAUGUUUAAUCCAAUGGUGCCUUACUUUGUGAUUUGAAAGAAAUAGACUUUUUAUGUCUAAGUAGCAGAUUAUUUGCAUAUUUGUAAAAACUGUUAGGCUUUUAUAUUUUAACUUGUAAUACCAAUUUUGUUAUUUUAGUAGCAGAAAUGGGAUGAUUGUUAAAAUGGCCAAAAUUUUUUGGCAUGAAAUUAUUUUUUCCCUGUUUAUAGUCAGGGACAGUAAAGGAAAAAAAAAAUGUUUUUCAUACCACUGCAUUAUGUACACAUGCACAUUUUGGUAUCGAUGUCAUUAGGACAGUUUAAAUGGUGGGGUAGAGUCUACCCUAGACAUCUGCGUCUUUGUAAGUUAGCCAGACAAUAAAUAAAAGCAGAAUGAUAAGAGUGUCAACUGGUGGUUUUUAUUGAAGUAUUGUCUAUGUAAAUACAAAUGAAAAAGCAAGUGUCUGUUUUCUGUUUCAUACUUUGGUAAAGAAAGACAAACUCAAAGAAAAGAAAAGGAGAAGGUAGUCGUGGAGGUUCCUGGUGUGUGUACCUCACAUCUACUUUCUAAUCCCUUGUUUGUUUUUCCUGAGAACCUGCAUCAUAGCCAAAGUCUGCUGUCUGUUUACUUGAAGAAGAUGCUUUAAGACUCUAAGGUACAGAUGGAUGGUGGGACCAAUGGGCCAGGAAACCACAAAGAAUAGAAUUGACACUGAGAAAUACAGGAAAGGCCAGGGGGAACUUAGGGGGCCCGAUAAUUUUUUUAAUUAUCUGCUGCGCACAUGUGUGUAUGUAUCUUAAUGCAGUAUAAUGGUUAAGAGAUUAGAAGACCUGCGUCCAUCUCUUACUUGCAAGUUGCAAACUUUUCUAAGCCUCCACUUCCUUAUCUACAAGGUAAGUAACUAUCUUACAGGAUUAAUAAAUGCAUUAAAUGAGAUAAUACACUCAGUACUUGGCCUGACUUAUUCUGGCACUCAGUAACUGGUAGCCAGGUAGCCACUCUUGGUGAAACAACAAAUAUUUACAUAAUGAUCCCAAAUUUACUGGAGCCAAACUGCCCAAAAGGGAAUUUCCUAGUGUACCUGUAGAGGAAGAGGCAAUAGCAGGCAGACUAUCCGUACCAGAAAUGCAAAGCAACCUCCAGACAGAGGACACCUCACAUGAUGUCCCUUCGACCUCACAGGCCUGAAAAAUGAAAAUUCAUGCUGCUUUGGUCAUCAAGGAAAUUAUUAGAUUCCAAUUGGAAGUAAGACCUGGAAAGAACCUAUAUAUAGGGCAGCCUCAGAAUUUAUGAUCCACGAGUAGAACACUUUUUGAGAGUAGGAGGGAAUACUGAUAAUUGUUGCUUUGGCACAACAGGUACAAAUUGGGGCUGCCCUGGAAAACUGGGCUGUGUGGUCACUCCACUUGGAGGUCAUCUAGUCCCACCCUCUGGUCUUACAGAUGAGUAUAUAAGACCCCAAAUCAUAUACUACUGAUGCACAAGCAGCCUGGCCUGUCACCUCACCACCACACGCCUCCUUAUUUUUUCUUAAGAUAUCAUUUUUAAGUAAUCUCCACCCCCAACCUGGGGCUCAAACUCACAACCCAGAGAUCAAGAGUCACACGUUCCGCCAACUAAGCCAGCCAGGUGCCCCAACGCUCCCUUCAUUAUGAUCCUCCCCACCUCUAGCGCAAGUCUCUGCUUCAUGUGUCUUUCACAUCUGCUGGAAAGAAAAGACCAAAUGACAAGCUACAGGGUCAGAGAACAAGCCCAGGACAUGCAAAUUUGGAUCUGGACCCUAGCUCUGCCACUUGUUCCCUGGAAGGCCAAUGACAAGGUAUUUAAGCCUUCUGAGUUCUAAUUUCCUCAACUGCAAAAUGUUUACAGUGCUUAAAUAUACAGAACAUCAGGCAAAAUAACUGGCAUAUGUCAGGCGCUCAAUGAAAGUUAGUUCCAUUCGAUUUUCUAAUCCCUUUGCUAUCAAACUGAGGCCAUAUUCAGGAAGGCAUUUUCAGUGCAUUCAGAAGAGUCUGCUAAAGUUUGGGGCGCCUGGGUGGCUCAGUCAGUGGAGGGUCUGACUCUUGAUUUUGGCUCAGGUCAUGAUCUCAUAUUUUGUGAAAUCGAGCCCCACAUGAGGCUCUGUGCUGACAGCUUGGAGCCUGCUUGGGAUUCUCUCUCUUCCUCUCUCUCUGGACCCACUCUCUGUCUCAAAAUAAACAUUUUAAAAAAGAGUCUAAUAAAAUUUAAUUGCAACACUCUUAGGAUAAAAAUUGCUUUCAAAACUGGCCUCAUUUGUUAAAACUGGAAUCAUUCAUUUGGUUCAUUCAGCCAUUCGGUACAUUUUUAUGUACCAGCCUCACCACAACCAAAUAGUGUCCCCACUCUAUCCAAGGAAUGGUCUCAGAGUAGCAGUUACCCCUGCUCCCACCAGUCACAAGUGCCAAAGCAACAGAGAGUUUUCUAUUAAGAAGAGAAAGUGAAUACUUUAUAAUUUUCCUCCCUUAAGGGAUUAUUUGGUUUCUUUUCUCCUUUCAUCUCAAUGGGUGAAUUAAAUUUAUUAUUAUUAUUAUUAUUAUUAUUAUUAUUAUUUUACAGAGGGAGAGAGAGCAGGAUAGGGGGGACACAGAAUCUUAAACAGGCUCCACACUCAGCAGGGAGCCUGAAGCAGGGCUCAAUCCCACAAUCCUGGGAUCAUGACCUGAGCCAAAAUCAAGAGUCAGAUGCUCAACCGACUGGGCCACCCAGGUGCCCCAAAUUAAACUGGUUUAAAAAUUUUUUUAAACUACAAGAAAACUGGAGGCGGGGGAGGGAAGGUUUUAGAAAAAGUUUUGAUGGCCUAUAAAAAUGUCUUUUUACUUUUUGAUUAAUUUUUUUGAGAGAGAGAGGGUGCAAGUGAGUGAGGGGCAGAGAGAGGGAGGGAGAGAGGGAGGGAGAGAGGGAAUCCCACAAGGGGCAGGGAGAGAUGGAGAAGUAGGGCUCACCCGAAGUGGAGCAGGGGCUCACCUGAUGUGGGAUGCGGGACUCGAACUCACAGACCAUGACAUCAUGACCGGAGCCAAAGUCAGAUACUUAACUGACUGAGCCACCCGGGUGCCCUGCUUUUUUUUAUUAAUUCCUAAAGGAUUCCCCAGUUCCCUGACAUUCCGAUUAACUGAAGGCUUCCUGGACACAUAAUUUAGAGUGGCCCCUUUCUCUGCUGUCUUCCCCACAGCCUGGCUUCCCUGCACUCUGAGCACUUGGUCCUUCAUGUCUGUCUCUAGAGCUAUAGUUAGCUGCAGGAUUCCCCCACUACCCGAAAGCAGAGCGCUCCUAUGAAAACUUUCCUAAGCCAAAAUGGCAUAAAGCAAAGAAACAAUUACCGUGAACUCACAUGGAAGAUUUUUUGAGCAUUCUCAGACCCAGAAAAACAAUCUCUCUUUGGCUUCUCUGGUCCCUUAGGACACAUCUUGCUAACAGAUGUGCAAGAUAAACUGAGAUAAAGCACAGAUGCUCAGAGGCAAGGUUCAAAGCUACAGAGCUUGACGCUGAGAUGCCCAGUGUGGUUUCCAGGGAAGGGGCUUGGCGGUGCCACCCUCACGGCUUGGGGCUUGCACUGCUUCUACAAUGGCUUGCUGCAAAACAAACACUGAACGCUAUUUUCACUUUUUGCCUUUUUCCUAAAAGCAAAAACUCUCUUUGGAUUUUUUUCAGUUAGCAAAAAGGUACAAUGUAGGUCUUCCAUAAAAGUGAAGUGGCCUAAUGCAACCUUUCAAAAAAUCGGGGGAUACCUGUACACAUUUCUCUUACUGGUAAAUGUUUGAAAUGUCCCAUCAACACUCUACCACGAAUUCCUUAGCAUUACAGAGGCACAUUUACAGGAAGCUAAGGAAGCUCCAGCUUUGGGACCUCCACUUGCAAGGAUCCCUUCUAAUAAGGAAGGACUCAUUUUUACAUCUAAUGUUUUAUUCAUGAUUUUAUACUAAUUUUCUUAAUAUAGCAGCCUAAAUUGUCUAAAGCUCAGCCCCACAAAACCUGUCCUUGCCUUAUUGCCCUUCCCAGCUUCUGAUAGAGAAAUCAACCAAAGUGCGUAUCUUAAAAGCUUUCUUAAGCCACCAGCUUUCCAUAACAGUGACAGGAGGGUCCCAGACAAAUAGAAGACAGCAAAAGUGUGUGCUCCUUUGUACUCCCAGAGUGGUCAGUAGAUAUUUCUAAAAUAAUUCAAUCAUUGUACCGCUCACAUUGCAUUAGAGUCACUUAAAGGCCCCACAAUGUGACCCAUCUAGAUAACAUGUUUGACCUCUGAGGGGUCUGGGAAAGAAGUCUGGAUGCUAUUAGACAUUGAGCUCAGAUUUAGCUUAAAUUUUGCCCAGGAAGAUGCCUGCCAGAACAGCUGGUGUAUCCAUCAUGGACUCAACAUAAAUGUGUUUUAGUCAUGAGGAACUCCCACCCUUUUCCUGUUUUCUGUCUCCAAGCAGUUUAGUAAGUUAAAGGUCGACUGUCAAAAUGCUAUCUAUUUAAGAUAGGUACCUGAAGCAAAUAUCAGAUAAUUGGGAAACCCUAAUGCCUUAUGGUGCUAUUGUAUUACCAAAGAUCCAUUUUUACAUGUAUUCAUUCAAAUAAACAACACUGAUUGAGUAGCUACAAUUUAUUAGGCAUAGGGAAUAUGAAGAUACAUAUUAUACAAUAGGAAGCACUAGUCCUAGAAUCAAGGGUCUACAUUCUAGAUUUAACAAGAACAUCAGCCAGUAGGCACAAACCCACUCUACCACUGGUUCUAGAGACAUGCUCCUCACCACCAACACAAGGCUGGUUGGCUGUGUGCAUGAAAGGGAAAUUCCCUCCCCCUUGGUGCUUCCUGCUUGGACUUACUCUUAGAGCAAAGGUACGGACUUAGAGCAAAGGUGGUCCCAGAUGGGGCCACCAUAGAAAAAUGGAAAAAUAUAUCUAACACAGAAGUGUAAACAUAAGACCCAUUGCCUAAUUUACUUAUCUAGAUGAAAACAUAAAUAUUGUUUUCAUUUUCCAUAUAACCACCACCAGUUAUUGAUCAUCUACUAUGUACUACAAAUUGUGCUAAGGUCUUUGCAAAUAUUAUUACAUAUGUCAUUGUUAGUCAAUGUGACUUUACAUGUGGAGAAUUGAGGCCUGAAUCGAUUAGAAAUUUGCCUCAAGCCACUUGCUGUGAUUGGAUCCAGAAUUCAAACUCAAGGUUGAAUAAAUACAUUUGAAUGGGAAGUCAUAAUAUUGUCAACUUUCCAUAUGCCAGUUUAAAAAAAUUACUGACAUUUCAUAAAAGCAAGGACAUUUUAAUAAGCCAAACUCUUAGAAUAAAAGAUAGUAGGCUCAACUGAAUAAACAUAGGUUCGUAGGUACAUUGCGUUUAUUUUCCUCACUGGGCUAUGCGCUAGCUCUAGUCCCAGACCCACCAUUUACCAGCUGGGGCACAUUGCCUCUUGUUAAGUGACCUAAUUUCUUUUGGUUCUUUGCUCCUUUACAGUUUAAGGAGUGGUCAUAACUACCAUUUUGACACUGUCAAAAGAACGUACCUGUAUUUAUCAGCUCAUCUUAUCAGACACUUGCUACCUUUUAAGGUGAUCUCAGGGGAGCCACUAAAAUUCAGACAUCAUUUUUCAUUAAGCACAGAUUUCUGAAAGUCCCAAACUGCAAUGUGAAUAGUUAAUGUGCUCUUCAAUGUAUCUCCCUUGCUUUCUACUCUUCAAUAUUUGUGGAGUAUUUCUUCCAAUCCUAUUAUAAACUUUUUGUAUUGAAUUUAUUUUUUACUCUCCUUGAACUUGGAAAAGUUUAAAUUCCAAAUCAUAGAAUUUGCUUUCCCAUAAUGGCCAGAAGUACACUUUGUGUUCUUUGCCUCAGUCAUACAACCCAGCGCUCAUUCACAGGGGAAAUAAAGGUAAAGCAAAAGACAGUCAUGUUCAAAAGAAGUCAAGUAAGUGGCUCCAGAAUUUCAGAGUAUUUUCACAAACAGUCCCUCAUGUUUACCCACAGCAGCCCUGUGGUGGAGAAGAGACUGAUCUCCCAUGCUACAAAUGCAGGGCUGACACACUGAGGGAGGAAGUGACCUCAAGGUCUUAUCCCUGGUGAGUGAAGGGGCCAAGACUACUUCAGUCACAGUCUUCAAACUGCAUUUUUGCCAUUGUUGUCUGCAUUCAUCUGACAAAUAGUAUUGAGCACCUUCUCAGUAAUGAGAAGGCAUGGGGUGAAUCCAGUUGAAGACACAAAGGUCAGGACCACCUAAAUUCCGUGUUUCAGGGAGCUUACAGUCAGUCCUUUGUGGACUGAGGCAAGUACACAAAUAACUUUAGGACAAGGCAGAAUACAUGACCUAUUCAAAAGCUUGAAGUAAUGCAUCACCAGGACCCAAAGAAGGUACAACUCUUGUGAAUUGGUUGAGCCUUACUGCCCCACAUUCAGGUGUGUUUUCCUCAUCUUUUUUUCUUCUUAAUGUUUGUUUAUUUUUGAAAGACGGAGAGAGACAGAACUCCAGCAGGGGAGGGGCAGAGAGAGAGAGACAGACAGACAGACAGUCAGACAGAAUCUGAAGCAGGCUCCAGGCUCCUAGCUGUCAGCACAGAGCCUGAUGCGGGGCUCAAACUCAUGAACAGUGAGAUCAUGACCUGAGCGGAAGUCGGAUGCUUAACCGACUCAGCCACCCAGGCACCCCCCUCAUCUUUCUGAGUAAGACUUCCAGUGUUUCUCAAAAUGAAAGUUGUGGACCACUUAAGCACUUAAGGAGUGCUUGUUAAAUACAGGUUCCUGGGCUCCACCUCAGACCUACCCAAAUAAAAAUCUCUUGGAACCCAGGAAAAUGUUUUUAAUAUGACCCACUUCACAAAUUUGCAUGUUAUCCUUGCACAGGGAACAUGACAAUCUUCUCUGUAUCACUCAAAUCUCAGUACCUGUACCGCUGAACCAAGAAUGAGAAUUUAUAUUUUUAACAAGGUUCAAGGUCAUUCUGAUGCACAUUCCAGAUUCAGAAUCUCUUUUCUAAGGUGCUACCCCUGAAUUUGGGCCUUUGAAAGAAUAUAUUCAUAUAUAUAUAUAUAUAUAUAUAUAUAUAUAUAUAUAUAUUAUGAAAAUUAAAUCAUGAGAUGGCAUCCACUUUUUGUCAUACUAAAUACUCCAUUUAAUACUACCCCCAUGCAUGCUGAUUCAUUACAAUGCUAUUUGUCUUAAAAAUGCUUUUCUUAAAAAAUCAGCUAGCUAGCUAGCU